AUGUUUUCCAGAAAUAGGACAUCGAGAAAUCCUCGUGGCACUGCUUACACAGGUGUCAACCCAAACACCAACAAUCCAAAUAAGCCAAAUUCUGGAGCAUUGGCCGCGGCAUUAACAAUUGGGAAUGCUAUGAAACAACAAAAUCAAAAUCAAAAUCAGAAUAUUCCUCGCUCACAAUCCUUCCAGUAUCAACAACCAAAUUCACAACAAAGGGUAUCUUCCUUGACAAGUUCAAAUGGAAGUCUUUUGAAAAGAGGAUCGAGAUCCAACUUCCAACCUCCACAAGCAAAUGUAACUCCUCAGAGACGAUUUUCCAAUGGUUCGUUUUCUUCACAGGGAUCUAAUAGAGGUGUUUCAUCCUCUAGCCAGGCUGCAGCUUAUUACAAUUCGCACAGUCCUGAGGUUUACGACAUCGACGAUAGUUUCAAUGAUUCAUAUCUAGAUGAGAUCACUGAAGAAUCGACUCAAGUGUACUUGAAUAAUAAAGCAAAUAUGCAAGACCUUAGGUUACCUACAGCUAAUCUGAAAUCUCAAGGAGCCCCAGCAAGGGCAACUGCACCUGCUCCAGUUCGUAUGGUUAAAAAGUACGUUCCAAGUCCUACAGGAAUUAAGGUUAUCGAAGUUCCCGAAUCGACAUUCCAAAAGGAAGUAGCAAGAAGCAAUUCAAUGCGAUUGAACCCGAUAACUUCAAGAUCUAACUCCUUGCGAAAUAUCGCAAACAAAAAGCCUCCAUCAAGAGCCAGUUCAUUGAAUGGCAAACUGCAACCAAGACCUAUACAACAAACAAGAAAUGUCAGUACUCCGCUGAAGAUGCAAUCGAUGAGCGAGGAUGUCAAUUUGGAAGACUCCUUAGGUAAGCUCGAUACCAACCAAGCUCACGAAGCUAAGUUAAGGGCAUUAGAAAAGGAAAUUGAACAUGAAAAACAAUUGGCAAAAGAACUUGAAGACAAAAGAUUGGAGUAUCAAAGGUUGAGGGAACAGAACCUAGCAAACGAGCGUAAGCAAAGAGAGUUGGAGGAUCUAUCGACUGAAAGAAAUACUAUAGAGAACAAGAAAGAGUUCUCGGAUGUUAAAGACGAUCAGUAUGUUCCUAUCAUUGAAAAGACAAAGGUGGUGGAUGAAUUGGAUAAGAAGAAACUUAGUACAGACGAUAAGCAUGAAGCCCACGAGCAGAUAUUGGAAGAGGGCCUGGAAAAACAGGGCCAAACGGAACAUCGUGUUGGAGAUGAGAUGACUACCGAUGAAUUAAUCUUGAACACCGUGGACCAGGGCCAUCAAAAUGAGUUAACGGACUCAUCAGAAUACGAUGAGGGUUCAGUACAUGGUAAAGACGUAGAAUCUCCGCAACUUGAUAACUACGUCGGCCAUCAUGAGGAUGUUAUUGAUUCUGACGAAAGCGAAGCAGAAGAUGAUGGAAAUAUUAGAGUUGCAGUAAUUGUUGAUAAUGCAGAUGAGGCAGAAAGUUCAGCCCCAAGACCACAGCUGGAAAAUUUUGCCAGUGAUAUCGAAGUUGUGAGUGAUUACGACGAUGAUGAUGAAGUGGGACACAAAACAGGAACAUGGGGCAACGGUGAGAAGGAUACAUUGGAUGCUGACUCCGAAAUGAAGGUAAUUGCUCAAUACGGAAUGAAGUCAUCAGAAAUUGUUAACGAAAUUCCAGAAUCUAAUCAUGCAACUGGGGUUACUGAAUUGGACGAAAAUGUUAUAGGAGAUGAUAAAGUUGCACCACAAAUUAUAGAAUCACAUGCAGAUGAGGACCCUAACGCAGCUACAAUCAAUAGCAAAGUGGAGAGUGCCGACACAUUGUUGCCACCUGCUGUUGCGACCGCUCUGAGCUCAAAGUCGUCGGUUUAUUCGAAUGAUUCAGCUAAGAAGCCAAUGAAGUCUGCGAUGAAGUUUUCGAGCUCUUAUUCACAGCUCCCUCAGAAACAAGGUCCUUCGCCGGCACAUGCUAAUAGCAAUGCUGCCAAACAAGCUUAUUUGUCCUUGACUACUGCUGAAAACACUAGAUUGAAUUCAAAAUUGUCAAAUUCACAACUAGCAAGUCAGCAAUUUCCAAAUACAAAACCUCAUCCGCAGAUCAUGGGUAGUGAUUUGGCCUACUUGGGUGCUGGUAAUGGUGGUGCAUAUCCACAGUUUGCGACCUCCCCACAGUUGCAAAAGACACCAGCAAAGAGGUUAAGUCAACAAACGUUAAGAAAGCAACAGCCUCCGCAGCAGCAACAGCAACAACAAUCUCAAUUCAGAUCAUCAAUGAGACCGCAAUCGAUGACUGGUCAUGCAGGACAACAAGCACCACAACGUCAACAACCUCAAGGUAUGAGCAACCGAAGUUUGAGAAAUAGCACUUACGUGCAACCAAUUGCUCCCCAUCCAGCUUUACAAAAGGGAUAUGUUUCUCCUGCUAAGGUGAAGGCCGCGGAUCUUUAUGCGAAAGCUCAAUCAAGGCCAUAUUCGGAGUUUAGACCGUUGAAGAAACAAUCAUCCUUCUCAAAAGAAUCAAAUGACGAUGUGCCUGCUAGGAGCCCAAAUAGGGACCAAAAUCCCGCUACUCAUUCAAAGCCACAACCAAGGACAACAUUGAGAAAUCUCUCUGGCCCAUCAACUAUCCAAACUAAUGAGAACCAACAGCAACCGACAAGUCAAAAUGCCAAUACCGGUCAAGCAGGACGCAACGGAUUCACUUCAAGGUUUGCUGAUUCUGACGAUGACUUGCCAUUGAGGAAUGGUUCAAACAAUCAAAAUGGGUUCAAAUCAAGAUUCAAUGAUUCAGAUGAACAUCUUCCAAAAGUAGCGGCACCUGCAGCUCAGUCAUCUCCCCAAAAACAAUCGGGUUUCUCCACAAUGAGAGCCGAAAAACAAAAUGAGGGUCAACACGAGGCACCAAAAGAGAAGAAAAAAUUUGGAGGCAAAUUGAGAAAACUAUUUCAAUCCAAGAAUUAA